CGAUCGGCUUUCUUCGUGGGUCGAGUCCUCCUCGUCGUUGGCUAUAGGUUCUCGGUGACCAAAAUCAUGGUGCUGAGUCUGUUCUGCGUCAUGCUUUCAUCGGCCGUCUUCUCGUCCCUUGUCAUGGUGUCGCCGCUCGCAACUUGGCUCGCUACCGCUGGACUCGGCUUGGGAAUGAGCGCACUCUUCGGUACCAGUUUAAUCUGGACUUGCCAAUAUGUAGCUUUGAAACACUGGCACAUGGCCGCUACAACGCUCGCCAUGAGCCUGGGCAAUACUUCUCCCGCUUUUCUCAUAGCACCAUGGAUCGAAACCUAUCCGAUGGUGCUACCGUACGUCACAGUCUCUCUGUCGGUGGUUCUGUGCGUGAUGUUCGCGAUCAUGCUCUGUUUUGCGAGGGGCAGGUCAAGACUGACCGCUUGAUCUCGGGAGGGGAGGAAUGCAAAUAUCGCGGCAGCUUCGGAACAGAGUCUGUCUUCCUCUUCAUACCGUUGGGCACUCUUCAUACCGAAGAACCGAGCUCUUGAUCCGAUAGAUACCAUUAAAUAGUAUUUUUCGCUACUU